GCACCCUGAACCCCCAACACUUGCCAACGUUGAGUUGCAUCGACAACGAUCUUCAACAGGCAGCGCAUCAUCCGUUGUCGUGCGCCUUCUAAUACUCUUCCUUUGACGCUGCGCUCAAGAUGGCGUGGCGCAAUCAAGGCAUCACAGGUUCUAACAACAUCCCCCUCGGAACGCGUCGUCGGUUCGGAGGCGAAGGUAAUGGUGACUCGCAAAAUGAUAGCUCUGCAAACUCUCCAGCCUGGGAUGAUUCGAGCAAGCGUGGGCGAAGUCCUACCAGAGCUGAACCUGCGGCCGACGGCGUCAAGAGGCGUAGAAAGCGCAACCGCUGGGGUGAAGCUGGCGAGAAUAAAGCGGCGGGGCUCAUGGGCCUUCCGACGAUGAUCCAGGCGAACAUGACAGCAGAACAACUCGAAGCAUACGCCCUCCAUCUCCGUAUCGAAGAGAUCAGUCAGAAGCUGCGUAUCAACGAUGUGGUUCCCGCGGAAGCAGAUAGAUCACCAUCACCACCACCUCAGUACGAUAAUUUCGGCCGCCGGGUGAACACUCGCGAGUUUCGCUACCGCAAAAGACUGGAAGAAGAGCGUCAUAAAUUGAUUGAAAAGGCCAUGAAGACCAUCCCCAACUACCACCCGCCCUCUGACUACAGGCGGCCCACCAAGACACAGGAAAAGGUCUAUGUGCCGGUCAACGAUUAUCCCGAGAUCAACUUCAUCGGACUACUUAUUGGACCUCGUGGCAACACUCUCAAGAAGAUGGAAUCCGAAUCUGGAGCCAAGAUCGCCAUUCGAGGCAAAGGCUCUGUCAAAGAAGGCAAAGGCCGAUCUGACGCAGCUCAUACUAGCAACCAGGAAGAAGAUCUACACUGUCUUAUUAUGGCAGACACGGAAGAGAAAGUCAACAGGGCCAAAGCACUGAUUCACAACGUCAUCGAAACAGCCGCAUCCAUCCCUGAAGGACAGAACGAACUCAAGCGAAAUCAGUUGCGCGAAUUGGCGACCCUCAACGGUACCCUUCGUGAUGAUGAAAAUCAAGCCUGUCAAAAUUGCGGUCAAAUCGGCCAUCGCAAAUAUGACUGUCCGGAGCAGCGCAACUUCACUGCCAACAUCAUCUGUCGCGUCUGUGGCAAUGCCGGCCAUAUGGCGAGGGAUUGCCCAGACCGACAACGUGGGACCGACAUGCGGAACAAUAUCCCUGGAGGAUAUGGUGGACCACAACGAAGACUAGGCGCCGCCGAUGCUGUCGACCGAGAGAUGGAGAAUCUGAUGCAAGAGCUUUCUGGCAACGCAUCUGGCAACGGCCCUGCCGGUCGCAUCGAGGCUGCACCUGGGGGCUAUGAUCAGGGCGAUUCGUACACUGCUGGCGGCGAUUCUCGUCCCUGGGCACGUCAGCCGACUGGGGGUGUUGCUCCUUGGCAGCGAGAUCGACAAGAACGACAAGACCGAGACUAUGGUCACCGAGAGUACGGCCAACGGGGUUAUGAGAGUCGAGACCAUGGUCACCGAGACGGCGACUCGUCGCUUCCUCCAUGGGCCCAGAGUCGAGGAGGAGACGCCCAUGGGGGAUAUGGUGCUGCCCCUGCGCAAGCAGCAGCCCCCUGGCAGCAACCGCAGCAUCAGCAGUAUCAGCAGCAUCAGCAGCAGCCACCUCCAGCACAAACUUACGGAUAUGGUGGUUACCAUGGCUACGAUGCCCAACCAUCGUACGGCGUGCCUCCUCCGCCAGCUCCUCCUGGACUCAGCUCUUUCUUGCAGCAGUACGGUGGUGGUGUUGCUCCCCCUCCACCGCCAGACUCACAGGCUCCUCCUCCACCACCGGAUCAACCGCCCCCUCCACCAGGCAUGCGUGAUUACUAUCCACCACCACCGCCUUCGGCAUAAUGUGUUGGAUGACCUAUCGAUUUUGGGCGAGAUUGCGUGGAGAGUUGCGAGGACGAGGGCGAGGGCGAGGGCGAGGGCGAGUAAUUGGGAAACAAUAGGACGAAUGGGCGGAGGACAAACUGGAAAAAAAAAGGGGGAUUGAGAGUGCGGUGAAAUUGCAAUUGCUUUUCAUGGCAACCCAGCCAAGGCGAGGUUGUUGUUGUUUUGUAACAAGUACUAUCAUUAUCAAUGCUUGAAGUUAUUCCGAUUUG